AUGGGUCCCGUUCCAUACUCUGACUCCGACUCUUCGCCGCAGCGGGUAGUUAUCACUCGCACGAGAAAGGGGAGCUCAGACAGGCGCGUAGUUUCAAUAAGGCGGGAGGUUCCGAAAAGCCCCUCGUCGGCAAGGAAGAAACCGCUUCUGACGAGGGUCAUUGACGAUGACGAUCGGGAUCAUCGAGAUCGGGACAGAAGCAGAGACAGGCGCCGAUCAAGAGAUCGACGGUAUCGCGAUGACGACCGCUAUCGGGAAGAUGAGCGCGGCUACGACGAUAGGUCGCGUCAUCGAAGGUCUGGUGUAGUUCUAGAACGCAGAGGAUCGCACUCGCGUUCUCGCUCCCCUCCUCGACGCAAGAAGAAGAGAAGAUCUUCUUCUCCUCGUCGAUAUGACUCCAUUCACGAUCAAUUCAAUCAUUCAAACAAAUCAAAGGCAGAUGAAUUCCGGAGACAGCUAAGAAGAGAACUAUCGGACUCCGACGAUUUCUCAGACCGAGAGCGGAAAAAGAAAAAGAAGAAAGAUAAAAAGAAAAAGGAGAAAAAAGAAAAGAAGAAAAAACAUAAAAAAGAAAAGCGCCGUUCAAGAGACAGCCAGUCGGAUGACGAACUAGACGCCAAUAGAGCAGAACAAGAGACCGAAGUUGACGAUCUCCUAGAAAAACAGCUUGAUUCUCAGGACAAACCUAUCACAAAGUCAUCCCAGGAGGAAUCUUCUCAGGAAACGGUCAAAAAUGGAAAAGUUUCCGAAAAUGGUCAGUCUGAAGAGAACGGUGCAAGUAAUGACAAGUCCAAAGCGAGUUUGCAGAAUGAUAUUCCAGAGUCGGACGGUGUAAAUAAAAAUGAUUCUGUCGAAUAUCAAAUUGCUGCCGAGAUCCCAGAGUAUAAUCCAGACACAACUGAAGAAACCCCAGCUUUGCCGACUCCACGACUUUCCAGCGAAGCGCAAAAUAAUGUCGACCAAAAACUGCCGAAACCAAACGAAAGGAGGAAAUCGCUCGCGAAAGGGCCGAUCUCUCUAGUGCACGAUUUACCCCUACCCAAAGCGCCUACGACUGCUCCAUCAACGCCCGUUGUGGCGCCAGUUCCAGAAAUCCGCAAGCCGAGAUUGUGCGGCAAACGAUGGCAUCAAGUCGCCAAUGUGCAAGACUGGGGAAGUUUAUUCGUUGAAAACUAUGAGAUCAUGGACAUUAUCGGCGAAGGAACUUUUGGCAUGGUUUACAAAGCGAAAGACAAACGAUCAAACCAGAUCUAUGCGCUGAAAAAAGUCCGUCUGGAGAAGGAGAAAGAAGGCUUCCCAGUGACAACAGUUCGUGAAAUUAAAAUCUUGCGCCAAUUGGACAAUCAUGAAAAUAUUAUUAAACUUCGAGAGAUCGUUACUGACAAGCUUGAUGCUGCUGAUUAUAGAAAGUGGAAGGGCGCGUUCUAUCUCGUCUUUGAUUACAUGGACCACGACUUGAUGGGCGUUCUUGACUCUGGAUUGGUCGAUUUAACAGAAGAACACGUGAAGCUUUUUAUGUUUCAAUUGCUUGAUGCCCUAAGCUACUGCCACAACAAUAAUUUCCUGCAUCGCGACAUCAAGUGUUCAAAUAUUCUGUUAAACAACAAGGGUGAAAUAAAGCUCGCCGAUUUCGGUCUUGCUCGUUUCAUGGACCCGAGAGACCAAAGGCGUUACACCAACAGAGUCAUCACGUUAUGGUAUCGUGCACCUGAACUUCUUCUCGGAGAAGAGCGCUAUACACCCGCCGUCGAUGUCUGGUCCUGUGGAUGCGUGUUGGGAGAGCUCUUUACGAAAAAGCCUCUGUUUCAAGCGGACAGAGAGUCACUUCAGCUGGAAGCUAUUGCUCGCGUCUGCGGAACGCCAAAUCCAAUGACGUGGCCAGAAGUCAUCGAUCUUAGAUUUUUUCAUACUAUAAAGCCCAAGAAGAACUACAGGAGACGCCUGAGGGAGGAGUACACGAUGAUUCCACAACUAGCCUUAAACCUUUUGGACGAGAUGUUAACGCUCGAUCCUAAAAAACGAAUUUCAACGGCCGACUCGCUCAAGCACGGUUGGCUGACCGGAUUCGACAAGACCAAGGUCGUCCCUCCCAAUCUGCCGAAGCACCAAGACUGCCACGAGAUGUGGAGCAAGAAAAAGCGUCGCGGCGAGCGCGAGGUCAAAGAAAUGUUCAGACAAAGCAGCCAAGAGCAAGGAGGCGUACUGGCACCUUCAGAUAGCGAUAUUUGCCAACGAUUCUUCGUCGCUCAUCCUCAUAUAACAAUAGCUGAAUUUACGAGACUGACAGGACAGGCGCCUGAAAGUAUUGGACUCACGGAGCAGUUUAAUACCGUUAAAUUUAGAGAUCUUUUCCAAACUCUUCAGAACACUCAAAGCUCGCGGAAAGACUUUUUGGAACUCGUCACGGCAAUAAAAGAGGUCGUAUUAAACAAGGGCGACGCAACUUAUCCACAACUGAGUCAAUAA